UCCCAGGACAUGAGAGGUAUCAGCCCCCAUGUGUCCUCGCCCAGGCCCAGCCCCUCUCCUUGCCUCAUUGGCUGGAACCACGGGGUCCCACGAGAGGAGGUGCGCGAGCGGUGUCUGCAGGGCCCUGGGGGAAGGGAGAGAACGGGAGGAUGAGGUGUCGGUUUCCCAUUGGUCUGGGGCAGGCUCUCUGCAGCAACCCCCACUGCGCGUACACACCUGCACCCCUGCACCCCAACCACAGUCCCUGCUUGCUGAGCCAGCUCCACAGACCAUGAGACUGUCGCCGCUGUUGCUGCUGCUGCUGGGGGCCUGGACCAUCCCAGGGGGCCUUGGGGACAGGGCCCCGCUCACAGCUACCGCCCCUGAGCUGGAUGAUGAAGAGAAGUUCUCAGCACACAUGCCUGCUCACCUGCGCUGUGACGCCUGCAGGGCAGUGGCCUACGAGAUGUGGCAGCAUCUGACAAAGGCAGAGGCCAAGCUUCACACCCUGGACUCCGGGGGCCGUGGCAAGCUGAGAGAGUCGGUAUACACAGACGUCCUGGACCAGAGCUGCUCCCAGACCUGGCAGGGCUACGGAGUUGGAGAAGUGGACCAGGUGAAGCGUCUCAUGGGCCCAGGACUUAGGAAGGGGCCGGAGCCGACCAUCAGUGUGAUCAUCAUGGGGGCGCCGUGGCCCACGAGGCUCUCCAAGACAUGCUUUCACUACCUGGGGGAGUUUGGAGAAGACCAGAUCUAUGAAGCCCACCAACAAGGUCAAGGGGCCCUGGAGGCAUUGCUGUGUGGAGGCCACCGGGGGGCCUGCUCAGAGGAGGCACCAGUCACAAGGGCAGAGCUCUAGUCCAGCUCCUCCUUCCCCUUCCUGGUCAGCCCCUAAAGGGAGCUGGGCUUCCUCUGGAUCUGUCCCCUCCUUUCUGCAGGCUGCCUGGAGGGCGGGGAGGCCUUGUUCUUCUGUGCUGCCACUCUCCCUCCCUCCUCCAGCUUCUGGGCCCUGGGGCCCGGGGGGGCGGCCAAGGCCUUCCCCUCUGGACUCAAAUAAAACCAGUGACCUCGAUUCCUUCUCUCUGCAAAAGGUGCUUGGGGGGCUGGGAGGAUAGACAUUGGUGUUUCUGCUGACGUCCCUCCUAGACAGGGCCAGGUACACAUCCCCCAUAAUUUCCCAGAGGUAAGUGAGAUCUGUCAUGGCUGGAAAUGUGAGUGAGCUGUCAAAGGCAUAUGGAACCAGUUAUCUGAACGGUUGAAACCCCAGAUCCCUCAGGAGAGAAAAGAAAAGCCAAGGCAAACUCCAUAAGCAGGCUGCCUGUGGACAUACCCACUGCAACCACUGCGUGCUACUGUGCCCCUCCCAGAACACUAGUCUUCCUGGGUCUACAUCCAGCAGCUGCUCACUUUCUAGACUCUGCUCUGACCCCAGCUAGCAUGGUUGAGCCCUCGGUGCUCACCUGGGACAGGGCAGGGCAGGGCAGGGGUCCUGGAACAAGCUGGAUUCAGUAUCUUGGCUGUACGUCCUGCUCUCCCCAGAAAUUCUCACCUGGGCCCCUUUUCUUAGAAACAGAGAAAAGAGCUCCACCUGGUUCACACCUGGGUCUGGGUAUCUGGGGUCAGUGGUGCUACAGCUUACAGAUUCAUUUGUGUCUCUGAUCCUCCAAAGCCCUGGAAAGUGGACAGAACAGACACUCUAAUCCCCUGUUGACAGGUGCAGAAACUGGGGCUCAGACAACAAAAGAGGCUCAGGCAGAGUCCCAGGCUGAGCAGUGGCAGGGCUGGGAGGGGAUUCAAAUUUGGGGAGUGGGGGAAGGUUAGGGCUGAAGGAAUGGUGGUGUCCCAGGCAGGCCCUUACCACUCUGCGCCCCAGCCCCCUACGUUCCAUCACCUGUUCCCCAUCUGCCUGAGGCCCCUCCUCCUGUCCCUCAGGAGAGAACUCUUAAGCACCAGGAGAGCCAGGGCCCAAGGAAUUGGCUGAGCAGUCAGUAGUAUCAGGUGUGGAGCCGGGAGCCCAUGAUGUGCACCUGCGUGGCCCUGUGUUUUUGUGGAGUGAUUUAGAGACACUUUGCGUCAGAGUCUAGGUGCUCUAGGUCCAUUUGUGUGAUUGUGUAUCUGAGACCAUGUGCAACUUCCCGGCUUUGUCUCCAUGUGUGUGGUAUGUGGUUUGGGUUGAUUUGAGGGUCCAACGGAC